AUCAAUUAUCGAUUAUGGUUUUAAGACUUCCCGUAGUAUAUCUUGUUCGUCAUGGUGAAACAGAGUGGUCAAAAACUGGACAACACACCUCAACAACAGAAGUAGAAUUAACUUCUCACGGUAUUACCCAAGCUCGUGAUCUAUCUCGUUUCGUUUUUGAAAACCAAUGUCAAGAUUUCACUAAUCCAUCAAAUAUCGAUCUAAUCCUUGUUUCUCCACGUAAAAGAGCUCAGCAAACUCUCGGAUUAAUUACUCUUCCUAAGAAAGAUCAAAUUCCCACCUUCACUGACCCCAAUUUAGCAGAAUGGAAUUAUGGUGAUUAUGAAGGAAUCACCACACAUGAAAUUCAUAGUACUAAAUAUGCGUUUUGGGAUAUUUGGAGAGAUGGAUGCCCCAAUGGAGAAACAAUUCAACAAGUAGCCACUCGAUGUGAUCACAUGAUUGCAAAAGUUAUGACACAUCAGAAUGAUCAUAUGGACAACAAUCCCAGUUCACCAAGUGGUGACGUCCUUGUCGUUGCCCAUUCUCACUUAUUGAGAAUUUUGGCAUGUAGAUGGUUGAAUAUGCCACCUGAAUCUGGAAGACAUUUUAUUGUUGAUACCGCGGGGUUGUGUGUAUUGGGCUAUGAUAGAUCAAUGAGAACUCCAGUAAUUAAACAAUGGAAUGUUACGAGUCAUUUAUUUCAAAGAUCAGACGAAUAACGCUUCUAAUUAUAUUAUUAUGAAGAAAAAUCAAAAACGCAAUAAUAUAUUAGCCAUAUAUAAGUAUUCUAUAAUUCUAUCGAUCGAAAUUCAUUUCUAAAGAAAGGAAAUAUAUUAUUACAAAAAUUAGAAAUAAAAAAAUAAACAAAUAUAAAAAUACCUUAUGCCUUAUUGUUCUUUGCCUUGAUUUUUUCUUGUAUUGCUUGGAAUUCCUCUUCAGUUGGCUCUUCUAUCAUUUUCUUGUUCUUUUUUCCUUUGCCAGUAGUCUUCGCUUUCUUACUUUCAUUACCACCGUAUUUAGCUUCUAAACUUUCAACUAACGUGCUCAUUCGUUUCUUUUGUUUC